AUGUCUGUUUCUAAAUUUAUUACACAAGAUAAUUAUAGUGGACUUCCGAUGCGAUUAGUAAAUAUUAUAAAUGGAAUUGAGAAUAUUCAUAAUACAGAAAUUAUUUAUCGAAGCCUUCAUAGUGGAAAUAUUCUAAUAAAUAAGUUUCCAGUAAUAUCUGAUUUUAGAUUAUGUAAAUCUUCAACAGAAAUAACAGAUGAAAUUUAUGGAAUCGUUCCUUAUGUUUCUCCAGAUGUUUUUAUAGGAAAAAAUAUACAACAGCUUCAGAUAUAUAUAGUUUUGUUUGAGAUAGCAUUCGACAUUAUUACAACUAUACUUAAAGGCUAUAAUAUAUUAAUGCAAAAAUGCUGGGAUUCUGAUUUGAAUAAAAGACCAAAUGCAUAUAAUAUACGAGAUGAAAUCAUUGAAAUGAUUAGUACUGAAGGGAAUAACUUUGAGAGAAAUCAUAAAAUUAUCGAAUAUUGGACCAGUCUUGAAUAA